AUGGCAAACACGCGCAAGGUGUUGACCAUUGAGUGCCAUCGUGUUCUGGCUGUUUGUGGCAACGUAAGAGCGUUUUCUUCUCGUAGUUCUCUUCCAGAUGGAUUCCGAAGCCCACAGGCAGUUGCCGAUGCUGUUGCAGCCGCUCUAGCGGCCGAGAACGAUGCUAGAAGCGAUGCUAAUCGGCGCAAAAGCCAAACGCCAGCUGAUCCCAACCAACCACCAAAGCUAGAGCGCCGCCACUUGGAAGGAGACGUUAUCACCAACCAGAACGUCACAGUCCAGCAGUUGAUGUACCCGAAGAACACCCCGGACUGGCAGUUGAUCAAACCGGAACACUUCGAAAGAGUUCCAACCCCGAAAGGCUGGAAAGCUGGACUCGAGAAGCUACAGGAGCGCAUUGGCGUCAAAUUCCAGGAUAUGACACUACUGAAGAGUGCGCUGACUCAUCAUGGAUGCUUGCCUCUCAAUCCGGUACCAGAAGACGUGCCGGUGGUGCGACUGUCGAACCGCAGUCUGGAAUUUCUAGGAGACUCGCUGCUGGGUGCUGCAGCGGCGGGAUACGUGUAUCAGAUGCUGCCACGACACCAGGAAGGCCAGUUAUCACGUGCUAAGUCGGCGCUGGUGAAUAACGACACACUUUCGAAGAUCAGUGCGGAUUUGAGCAUUACAGAUCUACUGCUUUGGCCGCCGGGAUUCAGUCAGUUUUCAACGGCUCUUACAUGCCGCACACGAUCCAGCGGAGCAAACCCAGUUUCUGGACGAGGCGAAACCCAAGCGACGCAGAUGCACCUACGCAGCGCGACGGAUAAAGUCGCAGAGGAGGCUAAACGACUUCGCGAAGAGCUCCACGAACUCGAGCCGGAAGUCGCAGUGCUGAAAUAUCGGUCUGGACAUGGUCCAGAUGGAGAUCCACGCUUAAAACAAGCUGUCGUACAAGCUGGCGCGAGGCUGUGCUGCUGA